GAGGAGGGAGAUAUUGCCUAUCUCCACAGGGCGGAUGAGUUCUCUCCCGCCGACUACGACUACCUCAUCCGGCCACCCCCAAAGCGCCGGAUGGGUUAUAUUCCCGAGCUCGCCACCGGCCACCCCGUCAUCAUCAUCCGCCGCGUCGCCGACCAGCUGCUCGUGGCGCCCAUCUCGAAGCUCGGCGCCAGCCCCGACAACGACUACCUGGCGCCGUGGAAACGCCCGUGGCACAGGAAGAAGGACCCGGAGGACUUCCGCGCCUUCGAGGGCAGCGAGCGGCCCAGCAACCGGCGCCCGCCGCUCUCGCUCGUCCCCGGCCAGGCGCUCCCUCACCCCCGCGCGUCCUGGGUGUACGUCCAGAGCGCCUGGGUCGUCCCGCUCUCCGUGCUCGGCCGCUUCACCCGCGUCGCCGGCGUGCUGCGCGUCGACCCGGCCAGCCUCCGCGACCUCCGCGCCCACAUGGAGGCCCGGUGUCGCGCCUGGAGCGACUGCCUGCGCCGCCUCGGCCUGCCCCCCCCGUCGACGCCGUUGCCGCCGCCCACCACCACCGCCCCGCCGCCCACCUCAAAGCGCGCCGCCUCCUCCUACGCUGCCGUCGCCGCCCGCGGAGCACUUCGAGGCAACCCCGCCGCUCCGGCCCCGUCGCCGCCGGUUGUCAACGUGCCCGUGGCGAGCAGCGGAGGGGGGAGGAGCGCAGGCGGCGGAAGCCGAGCCGUCUGGCGUGCCGGCCGCCCAGGGGGGAGGCCCGCAAAGUAG